AUGAUUUACGGUGGAAAACCAAUGAAACCCGUUCCACCGUCUAAAGCUGGUAUUUCUAUAUCUACGCCAUUUAGAGGACCUCAACCAUAUACGUACGGGUUUUUAGCUAAACAACCGGGAAAUGAUUACAAAGUUCGACUUCGUGACAUAGAACGAAUGCGUACAGAAAGGUUUAGAAUACAAAAUGAAAAUGAUUUUAAAAGUAUAUUAAGAGAAGCUCAGCAUAAAGAAAUGAUUGACAUGUCAGAUAAAAAGUGUUUAUACAAUCAGAUAAAAAGGAUGGUUGAAUGUGGAAUGAAAGCUAACGAACAUUUAUUUAUAGAAGAAUGUCCUAAGCCGGAAUUAAAAAUAGAAGAGGAGCCAGAAAACCCAAAAGUUGUCCAAGAAGAUUUAAUAGAAAAGACAAGAAAGAUUAAAGAAAAAAGUGACGAAGAAGAACGAAAAUUAGUGGAAGAAAAACGUUUACAAAUGUUCAUAGAAAACUCUGAAGAAUUGAGAUUUGCUGCAAUGGAAAAACGUAAAAAUGAUAUAGCUCAUAUAAACUAUAAAAUUAUUCAAGAAAAUGAUAGGCUCAUUAAAGAACAAAAAAUUAAGAUGAGAGAACAGGCUAAUAUUGAAAAUGCAGAAAUAUUUAAAAAGCAGACUCUUGAAAAAGAAGAGGAAAAGCGUAAACUUUUAGAGAAAAAACAGCAGUUUCGAAAGGAAUUGUUUGAGCAAGUACAACAAAAAGAAGUAAUACUAGAACAACAAAAAGUUUUGAAAGCGAUCGAAUGUAAUGACAUUAAAAAAUUGAAUGAAAAGUUAAAUGAAGAAGAACAAUUUGAAAAAUUGGAACGUAAAAAAAAACAAUUACAGACAAAACAAGAAAUAGCACUAUUCACUAAAGAAAGAGCGAAUUUGUUUUCAAAAAUGAACGAGGCGACAGCAAUGUUUGACGAAACAUUUAAGAUCACAAUGAAACAAAAUUUAAAGGAUGAUUCAGCAGACGAAAUUGAAGCAAAGCUUCAGUUAAAACGUGAAAACGAUAUGUUUAAAGAACAUCAAGCAAUUAUUAAAGAAGAGCGCAAAAGGCAAAGUGAUGAAAUAUCAAAAACCAUAAUGAAACAAAUAAAUGAAAUUGAAGAGCUCAAACUAUCUAUCGAACGUGAAAAUACUGAAGCACGACGAAAGAGAAUGAAGGAGGGUCAUAAUGUUUUAAUGGAACAGUUAAAAGCACGUAAGAUACUUUUAGAAGAACAAAAUGAAGCAAAACGUGAAAUGUUUAAGCAGUCGAUAAAAGAAUACGAAGACUACAAAAAAGAGGAAAAACUACAGUGGGAAAAUAAAAAACAAUACAAAUGGCAGUUUAGAAAAGACCUGAACGACCAAAUUAAGUCCAGUAAAGAAUUAAUCGAAAAACAAAGACAAAUUGAUUUGGAAAAUCAUCAAAAACUCAUGAUGGAAUUAGCCGAACAAGAAAAAUUACUAAAAAAACUAUUAUCUGAAAUGUGA